UCACUUCGGAGUUCGCAAGCACGAAGUGGAGAGGUGCCAUGAUGAACGCUGUCUUCGCCAUGCAGGGUUUUGGGCAGUUCACCGCUGCCAUGAUCGCGUUGAUCGUCACAGCCGGAUUCGAAAAGUCCCUGAUAACCGCUAGUAACCCAUCUACCUGUACAGGUGUGUGCCAAAUCGCGGUUGACAAGAUGUGGCGAGUGAUCAUCGGAUUCGGUGCUGUCCCAGCAUGUAUUGCCCUGUACUACCGUCUCACCAUCCCCGAAACUCCCCGAUAUACCUUCGACGUUGCCCGUGACGUCGAGAAGGCAGGCGAGGACGUGAACGCCUACAUGGACGGUCGAUCCCAAGGCUAUCCCGACGAGCUUCGGCGUGUCACUGCGAUGGCUAAGAACGCAUCCGAGUUCACAGUGCCUAAAGCCUCCUUCCAAGACUUCAUCCAGCACUACGGCCAAUGGAGAUACGGAAAGGUCCUCCUGGGCACCGCAGGGUCAUGGUUUUUCCUCGACGUUGCUUACUACGGCCUCGGGCUCAACAACUCCAUCAUCUUGUCCACUAUCGGCUUCUCUGGCGGCAACGACAUGUAUGAGAUCUACUACCGCACCGCCGUGGGGAAUCUGAUCCUCACCUGUGCCGGCGCCAUUCCCGGGUACUGGGCCUCCGUCGCUGUGAUCGAUACCCUGGGGCGCAGACCUCUCCAAAUCCUCGGCUUCGCGCUUCUUACGAUCAUCUUCGUCAUCAUCGGUUUUGCGUAUAACCAUCUCUCUCCCCGCGCACUCCUCGCCCUCUACGUCCUCGCCCAGUUCUUCUUCAACUGUGGUCCAAACUCUACCACGUUCAUCCUUCCCGCGGAGUGCUUCCCGACCCGUUACCGCGCGACAUCCCACGGCCUCUCCGCCGCGGCUGGCAAGCUCGGCUCCAUUAUUGCACAGUGUGUAUUCGGCCCUCUGCGCACGCGUGGUGCCGCUCCUGGAGCGACUGGUGCUGCGGCGAGUCCAUGGUUAAAUCAUGUCAUGCAGAUCUUCGCGCUCUUUAUGCUGUGUGGUCUAAUCACCAGCUUUCUAGUCCCGGAGACGAAGCGGAAGACGCUGGAAGAGCUCGCGGGGGAGAUUCCAGGGACCGCGAAUUAUGACCCCAUAGCCAUGGGCCGCCUGGAAAGGAUGGGCUCGGAAGACCUCUCGCCGGUAACUAUCGCGCCCAUUUUUAAGGUCGUCUAGUCGAUUAUUAUUUUCCGUGAUUCCUUUGCUUUAUGUAUUCAGUCUUCGAAGAUACCUUGCUGCGUUCUGUAUAUUUUUGGGAUAUCAAGGGGGAGGAGUUCGAGUAUUGGAAAUUGGUGCAAGAAUAGGUAUAUACCAAUGUAUGGAACAGGGCGUAACAGGUAGUAGAAGGUUCUCUUACACUAGAUGUUUAUAUUUGAACUUGGGGUCCGGACGUGGUGUUUCCUGACCGAAAUCCUCAUUAAGCUCACGUAAUCUCGCGCUACCUUACUUAAGGUACCUUAUCUUAGU